CUGUACAAGUACAGUAGUACUAGCACUAGUAGCGAUCUAGUCUGUGUGGCUUAGUAUAGUUGAUCUAUUUUUGAUCAUUCCUAUCGAAUUAACAUGGUAACAGAUUAAAUUACUCUUUCGUUUAUCGUCUGGGUGAGAACAUAAAGAAAAGUGUUUUUAAUAAAGUAAACUAAAGCUAUACUUGAGCGUCGUCGUUUAGUGAGUCGUCAUUCGUAGUCGUAAUCAUGCAGCAUAUAAAUUAUAAAACAGUUAUAAGAUGAAUCCAGCAGGAACAGUCAAAGUGGGAAUUGAAUCUAAAGAAAUAUUUAGCAUUAUGAAGCUCUUAGAAGAGGUGGAUUGGACAGAACCAUGGAUCAUUUUGCUGUUGGUUUUUCAUGGAUUUAUUACUGUCUUGGCUGUAGUGACUCGUAACCAUGGAAACAUUCAAGCAGUGUUGUUCUGCCUACUUUUGCUAAUGGUUUACUUCUCCGAAGUCCUAAAUGAAUGGGCAGCUAGAAACUGGAGGCUUUUUGCCAGAGAUCAGUACUUUGACAGUAGUGGAGUUUUCAUUUCCAUCAUGUUUGCUGCUCCUUCACUGCUUAACUGUCUUUUCCUUGUGUGUCAAUGGCUCUGGAUCUCAGGAACAUUGCUUAUAAAAGCCAAACAAGCACAGCUGAGAAGUCAGGUUCAGCAGCAGCAUGCCGACGGUAGUUCUCAACAAGUUCGUGGUAGCGACAGGACUUACAGAAGAGAUACUUCAGAUUUUUCUGGCCGUGAGAAAUGUGAUUAAGUUGUUUUGGCUGAAGAAGAAAUAGAAGUCCGGAGUAUUUUAAGAACAUCUGAAUUAUUGAUGAUAGUUAAUACAAUAUUUCUAAGCAGUUGUCAAAACACUGGUAACAGGCUAUGCUUAUAACGGGUAUCACGAUGAAUCUUGGUAAGAAAUUGUGCUCCACACAGGAUACAAAUUAAAGGAAUAAACAGCAGUAAAAUAGCUCGAUUACAUUCGAAAUAAAAUAUAUAAGGUGAAGUUGUUUAUAAAUUGUUAACCACAGCAGUUGGAUAUUUCCUUUAAAUAUGAAAGAAAUUCAAAUAAUAUAUUUAUACCUGAAAUCAUUAUUAGAGUAUCAUUAAAAAGAUGUAUAAUGUAGUUUUAGUUCAAUUGUUGGUGACCCAUUUAAACAUUUCAGUAAACAUGCACACACACAGGGAUACAUGCUUAUAUAUAUUAAUGUAUCACACGUUUAUUGUGUUUAAAACUGAUGCAGUGUUGAUCACUUUCAGGGUCUGAGGUACAAACAUGUUUGUGUCAUGAAAACCACCUGAUAUCAAAAACCUGAAAAGAGUGUGUUCACGUAUAAAUUUCUCUUUGGAACAACAGUUUUUUUUUCUCUUGAUAGUUUUUAACUGGAUACAAAUAUUGGUUAUUUAUGCCAAAAUGGUAUUUGUUUUUUUUGUGUUAUAUUGAUUUUGAGAUGGCUUUUUGAGUAAAAGUGUAAUUGCAUCUAUAAUUAGAAUAUAUGAAAAAUGAGUGAAGGAACUAAUUUUUGGUGUAUGAAUAUCUGUUGUUAAUUAUAGCGUUGUUGUUCCCUGGUGGCUUAGUGAUAAGCUUGACUGCUUAAAGUUCUAAAAUUUGGAGUUCAGUCUCUGCAGUUGGCAACAGCACAGAUAGCCCAUUGUACAGCUUUGCACUUAACUACAAACAAUUUUGUAAAUGAUGAGACUUAUUUUCAAAGUGCGUGUGUAAUCCAAGUAGGUGACUCCUGUUUUUAUAAUGCUAAAAUUAAAAUGGUAUUGAAUAUACUAACAAAUAGUGCAGUAACUAAAACUAAGCUAGUUACAAACCUUUCAAGGUAGUGUCGUCGAGAAUGUUCAACAUUAUUUAUGUCAUCCUAACAUUAAAUGUUUACAGUUUUCUCUAUAUAUGAAUUGAAAUCAAUGAAUCCUUUUCAGAGAUAAAAAGGUUAAUAACCAAUCAAACCAUUUGAAUAAUUAUAAUUGGUAUUAUUUUUUGUAACUGUAUAGAUUAAGUUAAAGAUUUAACAAAACUUGUAUGCCAAAUACGAGUAAGAACAUAAUAGUUUUUUAAUAUCUUUUCACCAUAUUCGUAAUUACUGUCUCCAGUGAAUGAAAUUAAAAGAAGAGUGAAUGCACUAGGAGGAAUUAGUAACUGAGCUGUAGAGAUACAAGAUGAUAAAAAACCUAUAACCCGAGUGCUUUCGAAAGGUGGACUUUUCUCCCAGUUUGCCCCUGAAGAAGAAAGGUCCACCUUUCGAAAGCGGGUUAUAAGGUUUUUAUCAUCCUGUAUCAAGACUUCUUCAACCUACGUAUUUUUUGGACAUCCUGAAUAAGCUGUAGAGAUAAUGGUCACGCAUUAGCUUAUUUUGAUGUAAGAAGAAAUUGUUUUAGAGUGUUCUGUUCCGCCUUCAUUAUAAAUCUUCCAUGAUUUCCUAAUGUUUUUAAAAUAGCACAAACUUAUCUUAACUAUAAACCCAGGCAGACGCCAUCAACGUCCAGACCGAAAAUCUCCACGACAGCUUCCGAUAACGUAUAUGUUUCUUUGGCUAAAAACUAAUCCAAACCAUUGUUACGUAUCUGCUUGUUUGAUAAUUUCCCGUAAAAAAUUCUUUCCGAGAAACUCCAGCGAUACAAGUCCUUUCUUAAUUAAAACUAGUUUAUUCUUUCUCAUUACAAACUUUGUAAUACACUUAAUUUCCACAGUCACUUUAACUUGGCUAUAAUUCACAGCGAUUCACGCACUUUAUUUACAACUUGACUGGAUUAUCUGUCUAUCUUGCAAAUUCUCUAUGCCAUCACUCCCCCCCCCCUCCGCUUUAUUUACCGGGCUUAUAUAUACAGAAAAAAAAAAGAGGGCGCGUAGAAAAUACUAGAGUUGCCAGGAACAGACUUGAUCCUUCUAGGAUCUCAUGACGUGUUACUAGCGUCACGUGAUUUCCGCUGUCGUAACACCAUGUUAUUAUCCACCUUUAAUAAAUAGACCAGAAAUUUUAUAAGGUAUGGUGAUAUUUAUUAUUAGGACAUCAUUUAAAUUAUGGGUUUAAAGAGUUAAGUAUUAUUAUAGUAUCUUUUGAACAGUAUAUUAAAUGAACUGUUUGAUAAUCACAGCUGAUUUGCUUAUAAGCUUUUUGUGUAUUCAGUAAUAUUGUCAACUGACUUCUGGGAGUAGCCGAUUCUCUUCUUGCAAGUACUCGAGUCGAUGUGAUAUUUUUCGAAGGUUGGCUUAAGGUGAAGGACUUCUUAGUCUUGUAAGUGUAUGUGAACUGGAAGUUUCUGGAACAGUUCCUUUUUAUACCAUAUAUUGAAUAAGGUUCUAAAGAAAUACAUUCCAUUUAUCGUGACUACAUAUACAUAGAUGGCUCAGUGUUUGCUAAAGUUGCCAUGUGUAAUUUUGAUAAGGUGUAUACGUCACAAAGUUACACGUGGAUAAGGUGUAUACGUCACAAAGUUACACGUGGUACAACUGGCUGCUUUGCCAGUACCAGAUUGAUUGUAUGAUGUGAUUCAGUGCUUUGAACAAUAAUAUUUCAGGCUUCCAACCAUCCUGUAUAAGUGCACUUGAAAUAUCCUAUUAUGUUUUUGGUGUACUAAGGCUGAAGGUUUGUAUCCUUGGCACAGUAUUUAUUAUGCUAUUUUAUAACCCACACUUAAAGCUUUGUGAAUUAACGCUUAAAGGAAAGUGUUGUUUUGAUACAAGUCACUCGUCUUUUCACUCGGUUAUUUAACAGUUCUUAUGAAACCCAUCUUGCAACAUUCACUGUUUUUAGAUUAUUUUAAGAAUACAAAAGAAAACCUAUCACACUGUUGAAUAUGUUUCUAACUUUUAUUGUUGGCAUAGACAUGUACUAACAGUAACAAAUAGGAUGACAUCUUUGUUAGUGGUUUUCAUAACAUAACGUAAUGUCCAUCUCGGCUGACCCAACCUCUAAACUAAGCUAUUAAAAAUCUUAAAGCCAACCCUUAUCAUUCAUAUAGUUAUCAAACUUUUCCAUAGACUCAAUUAAAUUUACUGCCACGGCAACAUCCGAAUAUUAAUAAUGAAAUUGAAAAAAAAUGUACAAUGAACCUUGAAUAUUUAAUGUGUGUGGUCAAUCAGUUGAUACUGGAAAUGUACUUAUACAUAUAUUUCUAAUAUACAACCCAACAUCACAAAGCAAUUAAGAUGAGUAAUACAAAAAGUUGAUUUUGUUUAUGUAUUGAGGACUGUAAACGUUCAUAUACAAAAUAUGUUGUCAAAUACCUGUUAUAACUGUGUAAUGGAGUAUAUAAAAUGUGUGCGUAACAAUAAAAAUAUGUUGUCAAAUACCUGUUA